UCUUUUAGAAAGUAUAGAUUUUUUGAAACGGACCACUGGUCAGACGAGUUAGCUCUGGUUAGACGAACCUCUCCGAGAAAGGUAUCGAGAACGAGGCUAUUUGGCCUAGCUUCCAUUAACCGCAGUUCAUCAUUAGAGAUGUCGAAAUAUCUGCAGACUUGAUUCCCGCGAGUUAAAAUAUCCACAGGCAUCAACUAGAAAGAGCAAAUAUGAUCCUUAAGCCCAGGCUCUUUCCAAACAAAUGCAUGCUGUCAGUCUUUUGGAGGCAAAGGGAAGUGGUCUCAUCAUCAUCAUGUAUCUGCUCCCAAUUCUUGAAAGGGAGGAGGUCACGAAACCCUUCAGGCUUCAGUCGAAUGACGUAUGCCUCAAAUUCUUUUCUAACUCUUCCAUGGCUUCAAAAUACUCAUGAUGAAACAAAUGAUGAUCCUUUUCAUCACAAGCUUGUUGGCAUGAUAUUACUAAGGAGAGUACUAAAAAAUACCUCUAGGGAAGAAUUUAAGUUGAAUGAGUUCAUACAUGGUGUCAAGCAUGCUAUCAAGGCCCUAGCCUUUUCCAUUCAGUCAGAAGACAAGGAUGAAACCAUGAUAAGGAUGCUAGGAUCAAACCUUCAAAUAAAAUUUCGGCAAGCUUUUGAUGAGAUGAAGAAAAGGAAACAAAGGGUCAUAUUGGAGGUUGAAAGUUUAAAAGACUUUAGAAUAAGUGGGGUGCGUGCAAUUUUUGGUGGUGCAGAUCCAGGAGAUCAAUAUGUCAUCAGUUGCUUUGGCCAAAAAAUCAUCGCCAGCAAAAGAGAUAUGUUCGAGCUGGAGAAACGAGCUGAUCUUGCAGGCUAUUCUACUUUAUUCGAUUACGGUAAAAAACUUGGUUUCAGUGCAGCAGAGAAGGAAAUUCGAUUUCAAAUAGAUGUGAAGUUCGCUACAAGUGAAAGGUACUAUAUAGAGGAAAAAAGGGAGAGUGGCUGGCAUAUUGUAUUUGGUGGUAUUGAUAUAGUCUCAGCAGCUCAUAGACUCAGAUUUGAAUCAAUUUUGGAAGAUGGCAGCGAAACAAUUGAUCGUUAUCCACUGUCUUGGAAAAUUAUCAACAUUGACUACAAUGAAACAGAUGACGUAUAUAGAAAUAGUGAAAGUUAAAUUGCAUUUAAUGUCAUUUCAUGUAAUUAUGAUAUUACCUAGGAAGUUUUGAGUGUCUUUGUACUGCAUUGUGAUAUGAAUGUUUGGUUCUUUUAA